AUGGGAGCGGCCCAAUCGCAGACAAGCGCCUGGGUGCAAACACGCGAAACAUCCAAAGUCCCGCUCCAUACGAGCUAUCUCUUCUCCAAUUUCCCCCACCUCCUACACCUACAGAGCUUCUUUCCUGUGAUAAUGUCGCUCCCAGGUUUAGAGCUAACCCAACCAUCAGAAGAUAGAUCGCAGGCUGCUGCUCCGCCAUCGCAGAUCAAUCUUACCCCAGGCUCUGAAUGGCGCUUUGAGGUUGCCUUUGGGCAUGUUAUCAAGGUCAAGCUUCUAAAUGGAACCGCGGAGCUUUUCGGUACAGAACUCGCCGAGUCGCAAACCUACACUUUCACCGGCACAAAAGCGGCAAUCUUCACAUGGCAUGGCUGCGCACUGGAGGUCAGCGCAGCAGAGACUGUACAAGGCACGUCAGAUGGAAUUGCGUCGACAUUUGGUCAUGGCGCAGGAGGUUGCCAAAGCGAGUACACGGCUGAGGAAACGCCAAUGAUGGAAUACGCCAAUGUCCACUUCGCGCUGGAGACAAUGCGCGAAGAAGCACAGUCAAUUGGAAAGGACGGUCCACGCGUGCUACUUCUUGGCCCUGAAAACAGCGGGAAGACCACGCUCGCCAAGAUCUUGACCUCCUACGCCACGAAGAUCGGCCGCCAGCCACUGGUUGUGAACCUCGACCCAACGGAGGGCCAGCUCGGCGUGCCUGGCACAUUGACUGCCACCGCUUUCCGAACCAUCUUGGACGUCGAAGAUGGCUGGGGAAGCAGCCCCAUGUCUGGACCCAGCCCUGUCCCGGUCAAGCUGCCUCUGGUGUACAGCUAUCCCUCACAGAACCCGCUGGAUGGCGAGGGUGCCGUUUACAAACCAAUUGUCUCGCGUCUUGCGCUCUCGGUAACCGGCCGUAUGGCCGAGGAUGAGGAUGCCCGUGAAACUGGGAUCAUCGUUGACACUCCUGGUAUCCUGGGCUCUGACAAGCCCGGCAGCAUGGACUUGAUCAACCACAUCGUCACCGAGUUCUCGAUCACUACGAUUCUCGUAUUAGGCUCGGAGCGCCUCUACAGCACCGUAGCCAAGCAGUACGAUAAUAAGCCCAGCUCUAGUGCGACAGCCGCCGUCUUUGAUGAGCACGUCUCCGUCAUCAAGCUCUCGAAAUCAGGCGGCUGUGCUGAUCGUGACGCCGCGUUCCGGAAAGCAACGCGCGAAUCCCAAAUUCGCACAUACUUCUUCGGCAAUCCCAUGCCUUCAUUAUCUCCCGCCUCCGCCAUCACCCUCUCCCCCCACGCCCAGCAACUCGACUUCUCCACCCUCCAGAUCUACAGCUACACCACCCCCUCCGCCGAUGAAGAAGAUGAAGACGAGUACGACCCCUCGCAACUGGGGACAGACUUUCUCCCCGGGGGAGGCGCAGAGGACUACGCAGAGCCAAAGCCGGACCCUGACCGCGCUGCUCCUCUUCCCGGUGUGGUGGGCUCAUUCUCCGAGCCUGCCAAUGCUCCGGAGAAGACGGACAGCUCCGUGCCGUUGAAGAAAGUCCCUGCGCCUGCGCCUUCCGCCCUUGCAAAUACCCUCCUGGCCAUCACACACGCCCCGGCCAAUGCUUCACCCUCCGAAGUCCGUGAUGCGAGCAUCAUGGGCUUCCUCUAUGUUGCGGAUGUUGAUGGGGAAAAGGGAAAAGUUCGGGUACUUGCGCCCGUGGGUGGGAGAAUGCCACCCCGGGCUAUCAUUUGGGCCAAAAGUUGGCCUGGUGAGCUCGUUGGCCUGGUGGGUUGA